UAGACGAAGGGGGUGUGCCUGCACAGUGAAAACAUGAAUUUCGGCUCGACCAAUUUCUGAUGCAACUAAAUUUUGAAUUGUUGAAUUAAUUAACGCCUUUCACCAAAAAUGGCUUACAGAUUAAUGUCGAAUCCAACUGCUAAGAGGGUGGAGCUUUUUUUGUUUCAUGCAAGUCGCAGGGGGCACAUCGACAGGUCAACAGUUUUUCAGAUCAAGAAAGGCAUCUCACAACUCCAAAAGAGCAAUGUGGAUUUUGAGUCUCUCUUCCGGCGAUUCUGCCAAAAACCACCGAAAGGAUUUGAGAAGUUCUUUAGGCCAGCUGGCAGCAAACCUGCAGCAUCAGAGGAUAAGCCCAAUUUGAAGGAUCAACCGAGAGAGGUAAAGAAGGACGCGCCGCCACCACCAAGCAAAGGGGCUGCGCCACCCCCAAUAUCCAAACCACCCCCAGGCCCUGGCAGACCAUUCGAUCAGUCAUGGUCCUUUGGAUCGUUCGGUGGUGGCAGUGGGCCCAACAAGGAAAGAGACCAGUGGUUCAUGAUCGCAAUGUUUGUCACAAUGGCCGCAAUUGGAGCGAUAGCCUACUUUGAAAUGGGCUACAAGGAAAUCACUUGGAAAGAUUUUGUCAAUAAUUUCCUCGGGAAAGGCAUCGUUGAGAAAUUGGAAGUUGUCAACAAAAAGUGGGUUCGGGUGAAACUGCUCCCUGGCACAUCAUAUGACGGCAAUGUAAGUGUUUGCACUUUUGAAAUGGCGUCAAGUCCUAAUUCUCACAUGCAGCAAGGUGUCCUGUGGUUCAACAUUGGCAGCGUUGAUUCCUUUGAAAGAAAUCUUGAAAAUGCGCAAAUUGACAUGAGCGUAGAGCCGCCAAAUUUCAUACCAGUGGUCUAUAAAUCUGAGCUUGAAGCUGCAAGCAUUACUGGAAUUCUACCUACCCUGCUAAUUAUAGGAUUCCUCUUCUACAUGAUGAGGAGAUCUGCCGAAAUGAUGGGUGGCAGAGGACGAAAGGGUGGUGGCUUAUUCGGUGGAGUCAUGGAGUCAACAGCCAAGUUGAUAAAUCCCAGUGAAAUUCCUGUUCGCUUCAAGGAUGUAGCAGGCUGUGAAGAGGCUAAAAUAGAAAUUAUGGAGUUUGUCAACUUCCUGAAGAACCCCCAACAGUACAUGGACCUCGGCGCUAAAAUCCCCAAAGGUGCCAUGCUGACUGGGCCCCCAGGAACGGGAAAAACGCUGCUAGCCAAAGCCACCGCUGGUGAGGCCAAUGUGCCUUUCAUCACGGUCUCCGGCUCAGAGUUCCUUGAAAUGUUUGUUGGUGUUGGUCCAUCACGUGUCAGGGACAUGUUUGCAAUGGCAAGGAAGCACGCACCAUGCAUUUUGUUCAUUGAUGAAAUCGAUGCUGUUGGCCGCAAAAGAGGUGGAAGAAGUUUUGGAGGACACUCAGAGCAGGAAAAUACACUCAACCAGCUGUUGGUAGAAAUGGAUGGAUUCAACACAACAACAAACGUGGUAGUGUUAGCUGCAACAAACCGAGUGGACAUUCUGGACAAGGCCCUGCUGCGUCCUGGUCGGUUUGAUCGACAGAUUUUUGUUCCUGCUCCAGAUAUCAAGGGGCGGGCGUCUAUCUUCAAAGUGCAUUUAGGCAACCUUAAGACCAGCAUCGACAAAAACGACCUCUCCCGCAAAAUGGCAGCUCUCACUCCAGGAUUCACUGGUGCUGACAUUGCCAAUGUGUGCAAUGAAGCUGCACUGAUCGCCGCCCGAGAACUGAAGGAGGCCAUCGUUAUGAAGGACUUUGAAGCCGCCAUCGAGAGAGUCGUUGCAGGCAUGGAGAAAAAGACGAACGUGUUGCAGCCUGAGGAGAAGAAAACCGUGGCCUACCACGAGGCAGGCCACGCAGUUGCUGGCUGGUUCUUGCAGCACGCAGAUCCGCUCUUGAAGGUCUCGAUUAUUCCAAGGGGAAAGGGUUUGGGUUACGCACAGUACUUACCCAGGGAGCAAUACCUGUACACGACGGAGCAGCUGUUUGACAGAAUGUGUAUGACGCUUGGCGGAAGGGUGUCCGAGGAGAUCUUCUUUGGGAAAAUCACCACUGGUGCGCAGGACGACCUUCGCAAGGUCACUCAAAGUGCAUACGCUCAGGUUGUUCAUUAUGGAAUGAAUCCUAGAGUGGGCAACGUCAGUUUUGACAUGCCCCAGCCUGGUGAAAUGGUCAUGGAAAAGCCAUACUCGGAAGAAACAGCGCAGAUGAUUGAUGCUGAAGUGCGCGCUCUCAUCAACAAGGCACACAAAAGCACAAUUGAACUCCUAACUAAACACAAGGAAAAUGUUGCUAAGGUUGCUGAGCGUCUUUUGAAGCAAGAAAUUUUGGGAAGGGAUGACAUGAUUGAGUUGCUUGGCGCCAGACCCUUCCCUGAGAAGUCAACUUAUGAAGAGUUUGUUGAAGGAACUGGUUCCUUUGAAGAGGAUACCACUCUGCCAGAAGGUCUCAAGGACUGGAAUAAGACGAAGGAAGAAGAAAAGAGCCAAACAGAGCAACCUGGAAAGCCAGAAGAGUCUAAAGCAAAAAAGCCCUCCAAGAGCAAAAAGUCAUAAUGCUGAUUCAACUGUGUUGCUUCAAACAGACUGAUUUUUAGAUUCAACUGCGCCUCUGUCCCAUUUUGAUUGCCGCAGCAUUGUGCUUUUAGUAUUGCUCCUCAUUUCACUAAAAAAGCGUGUUGUUACAGCAAUGUGGGGUCAAGCGGAGGGCUUGCGAUGUGCAUUAACUGUAUUUGUAUUCGUCAAUAAAUUAUGAUAUGUUGAUUGAUUACUUACAUGAAA